AUGGCCAGCUCACCUCCCUCUCCAUUUACCGCCAGUCUCCCAAACCCCAAAAAGCGAACCUCGAUGAGCUCACAGGCAUCGGCACAAGGAGCAUCUAAGAGGCCGAAACUACAUCCUCUCAGACAGACUUCAUUUCCUGCCCAAAAUGCGAGUGGAAGAUAUGGCUCCGCGGUCACGAGUGCGCGCUCCGAAUCAGGUAGUGUCGCCAACAGUGCCUUGUCAGGAGUAAGUGGCAAAGUCCCUGGCCGCGGGAGAGGAAGACCUCGGAAGUCACAACAACUCAACGACGAAGAUACUCGCUCUGUGCGUCAGGCUCCUGCGGAUACGGCCAGUCAAGUCGAAACGACCUCAAGGAAUGCUGGUCGCGGAACAAAGUCAGUGGUCAGCGCUCGGUCAGGCGCAGCUGAACAGGAAGAGGAUGACGAAGGUGAUAUUGACGGCAUGUUUGAGACCAUGGACGAGCAAGAAAGACGCCAAGCAGAAGAAGAGGAAACACGACAGGAGCAGCGUCGUGAACGGCUGGCCGACACGCUUGACCCAGACCAAUAUGCACGAUACAAUCAAUGGCGGGCGCUCUCACUCAACGUCGCGACGGUUAGGAGACUAGUCAAUUCUGUGGUGUCGCAGUCGGUCACUUCUGCUCCCCUGCAGGCGGUAAGAAUCUACGGGAAAUGGUUCGUGGGUGAGAUUGUGGAGAGAGCACGCGAGGUGCAGAUCGAAUGGGCCAAGGCGUACGAGGAGACGAGAAAAGAGGAAGGGGAACGACGGCAGAAAGAGCUGGAAGCCUUGGAGGAGAAGCAAAAGCAAGGCAACCAUUCCGAGCAACAAGCCCGCUUGUUGACGAGAACCAUUGAGGGACUGAGGAAAGAAGUCAAGGAGUAUAUCCCAAAUCCACACAAGGGAGGUCUCUUGCCGGAUCACCUUCGAGAGGCUUUGCGGAGAUACAAAGCCGAUGGUGAAGGCGGAGGAGUCGGAUUCGAAGGGACAAGCCAUGGUCUACUUGGGGUGCAGGGACCUGUGGCUUGGAGAGUCGGUGAUGGUGCUUCGGGUAGACGACUCUUGAGAUGA